AUGCCCAUAUCACAAAUGAAGACCCUGUGUUGCAAAGAAGUUAAGCCUUUUGCCUACGGUCACCCUUUCCUAGCUUUUUCUCCAACUCUGGUUCGCACACCAGUCUGGAUUUUUCAAAUGGUCCACGUACCAUGCACCGUGCACUUACCACUUGUAGUUAAUUAGUCCAGUUUUCCUAAUACUGCUCUGCAAGGUAAAAAGAUGGCCUAUCAGAAGGUCAAUGCAGAUCGAAGAGCUCCAGGACAUUCACAGUACCUAGACAAUGAUGACCUCCAAGCCACUGCCCUUGACUUAGAGUGGGACAUGGAAAAGGAACUGGAGGAGCCUGGUUUUGACCAGUUCCAGCUAGAUAGUGCUGAGAAUCAGAACCUGGAGAAUUCAGAGACUGCGGACCUCAGUCUUGAUCCCAUUCAACCAGCAACUUCACCCAAAGGAAGGUUUCAGCGACUUCAAGAAGAGUCUGACUAUGUGACCCAUUAUACAAGAUCUGCACCAAAGAGCAACCCCUGCAACUUUUGCCGCCUUUUAAAGCUAUUUUGCACAGCAAGCAUUUUAUUUAUUUCUGGAAUUUUGAUAGGCUAUUACACACAUAAAAACUGCUCUUCAAAUGCUACGUCUUCAGGAACACUUGAUCUUCAGUUACACCAAGAGAUUCUCAAGACAAUCCAAGCAGAAGAUAUUAGGAAGUCUUUCAGAAAUUUGGUACAACUGUACAAAAGUGAAAACGACAUAGAAAUUUCAAAGAAGAUUAAGACUCAGUGGACUUCUUUGGGCCUAGAAGACGUACAGUUUGUAAAUUACUCUGUGCUGCUGAACCUGCCAGGCCCUUCUCCCAGCUCAGUGACUCUAAGCAGCAGUGGCCAGUGCUUUCAUCCUAAUGGCCAGCCUUGCAGCGAAGAAGCCAGACAACAUGGCAGCCAAGAUCCGCUCUACUCAUAUGCAGCCUAUUCUGCCAGUGGAACUCUCAAGGCUGAAGUCAUUGAUGUGAGUUAUGGAAAUGCAGAUGAUUUAAAUAGGAUUAAAAAAAUGAAAAAUGUCACAAAUCAGAUUGCACUCCUGAAAUUAGGAAAACUGCCACUACUUUAUAAGCUUUCCUUAUUGGAAAAGGCUGGAUUUGGAGGUGUUCUUCUGUAUAUUGAUCCUUGUGAUUUACCAAAGACUGCAACUCUUAGCUAUGAUACCUUUAUGGUGUCACUGAAUCCAGGAGGAGACCCGUCUACACCUGGUUAUCCAAGUAUUGAUGGAAGCUUUAGACAAAACCGAUCAAACCUCACCUCUCUACUAGUGCAGCCCAUCUCAGCAUCUCUCGUUGCAAAACUCAUCUCUUCACCGAAAGAUAGAAUCACACACAGUGCCUGUAGCCCUCUAGAACUUCCAAAUAAUGAGGAAAGAAUUGUCAGCAUGCAAAUUCAGACAGUCACAAAAUUUGAAACAGUUACUAAUGUUGUUGGAUAUUUAAAGGGCUCGACAUCUCCAGACCGUUAUAUCAUAGUUGGCAGCCAUCAUCAUACCGCAUACAGUUAUAAUGGACAAGAAUGGGCCAGCAGCACUGCCGUCAUCACAGCUUUUAUCCAGGCCUUGAUGUCAAGAGUCAAGAGAGGGUGGAGACCAGACCGCACUAUUGUUUUCUGUUCAUGGGGUGGAACAGCUUUUGGAAAUAUUGGCUCCUAUGAAUGGGGAGAGGAUUUCAAGAAGGUUCUGCAGAAGAAUGUUGUGGCUUAUGUUAGUCUCCACAGUCCUGUAAGCGGUAACUCAAGUCUCUACUCUGUAGCUUCACCAUCUCUUCAGCAACUGGUAGCUGAGAAAAAUAAUUUCAACUGUUCCAGAAGAGGUCAGUGCCCAGAAACAAAUAUCAGUUCUGUACAGAUGCAAGAUGAUGCCAAUUACUUCAUCAACCAUCUUGGAGUUCCCACUGUGAGGUUUACUUAUGAGGACAUCAAAGCAUUAGAGGGUCCAAGUUUUCUCUCUGAAGGCUUUUUCCCUAAACGUGCAACAAAAAUUGAAGAAAUGGAUCCUUUUUUCAAACUUCACGAGACCAUUACCAAGCUCUCAGGAGAAGUGAUUUUACAAAUUGCCAACGAACCAGUUCUGCCCUUUAAUGCUCUCGAUAUAGCUUUAGAAGUUCAAAACAGCCUUAAAGGUGAUCAACCCAACACGCCUCAACUGCUAGCCCUGGCCUCACGCCUGCGGGAGAGCGCUGAACUCUUUCAAUCAGAUGAGAUGCGUCCUGCUAAUGACCCCAAGGAAAGAGCUCCCAUCCGUGUGCGGAUGCUGAAUGAGAUUCUCCAAGACAUGGAGAAGAGCUUCCUGGUGCAGCGGGCACCUCCAGGGUUUUACAGAAAUAUCCUGUACCACCUUGAUGGGAAGACAAGCCAGUUUUCAAUACUCCUGGAGGCUUGGGAACACUGCAAGUCACUUGCAUCAAAUGAGACCCUUCAAGAAGCCCUGUCAGAAGUAUUGAACAGCAUUAAUGCAGCUCAGGUUUACUUCAAAGCAGGACUUGAUGUGUUUGAGAGUGUCUUAGCUGGAAAGAACUGAGAAAACUCUCAGCAUUUGAAAACGUUUGUUUACAAUUCCUCAAGUGAAAGCUCUAAUCUGACUAGAUUUUCUGACAUUGAAGACUUUUUCCCUCCAAUGGCUUUUGAUAUAAGUAUAAAGCU